UCAUUGAAUCAGGUGUUUGCAUUUACAUACAAAAAGGAACUUUCAGAACCACUUCCUUCUCGUGGUUGGUCCGUUUUUGAUCCUAACAUCGAGUAUGCCAGUCGCAUGGGAGUUGGGUCUACUUGCGCUUCAUGGAGACUAUCGACAAUCAACCAAAAUUAUCAUUAUUCACCCACAUAUCCAGCAAUAUUAGCCGUUCCAUCUCGAAUCAGCGACAAUGUAUUGAAGCAUAUAGGAAAGUUUCGAAGCAAAAGUCGAAUUCCAGCACUAAGCUAUAUUCAUCGCACAAACCAAAUGUCUAUUACUCGCUCAAGUCAGCCCAUGAUUGGAUUAAAACAUGCUCGAUCUAUUCAAGAUGAAAAGCUUGUCGAAGCUAUUUUUGCCAGUGCAUCAACAGUCCCAAAGCCUGGGUUUACUAAUCUUAUUAUUGAUGCUCGACCAACCACAAACGCAAUCGCUCAAACUGCAAUGGGUGCAGGAACUGAAAGCUCUGAAAACUACAAGGGAUGCCGAAUUUCGUAUCUUGGAAUCGAUAAUAUUCACGUUGUACGCGAUAGUUUUAAUAAGCUAUUUGAUGGUAUGUCUUUUGUAUCCCCUGAAACCACACAUAUUUCCAAAUCUGCGUUGGAUCGAUCAGGAUGGCUUAAACAUAUUCGCAAUAUUUUGGAUGGCACACUACAAAUUGUCCAAAGCGUCCACCUUCACAAUGCACAUGUUCUUGUUCAUUGCAGUGACGGAUGGGAUCGGACUGCUCAGCUUUCGUCAUUGGCACAAUUAUGCCUAGAUCCUUAUUAUCGCACUAUUGAUGGUUUACAGGUUCUUCUUGAAAAAGAAUGGGUUUCCUUUGGACACAAAUUCAAAGAUCGCUGUGGACAUCUUGGGAAAAAAAGCUUUUUUGGGAUUUCAUCUGGCUCGACAUCUUUAGACUCUACUCAAAAUAUAUCAUCUGUAUACUCAUCCGCUGUGAGCCAACCGUCCAUAUUGGCAUCUUCAGAAACUUUGACUCCAAAUAAUGUAGCUCCGAGAGAAAUUUCUCCCGUGUUUCCACAAUUUCUCGACUGUUUAUAUCAACUCUGGACACAAUUUCCGAAUCAUUUUGAAUUUGACGAGCGGCUUCUUGGAUUUUUGUUUAUCCAUCUAUACUCUUGCCAGUUUGGUACAUUUUUGUUUAAUAAUGAGCGCGAGCGUCGAGAAUUUACCUUGAAUACAAGCAAGGUGUCCAUUUGGGACCACAUUGCUGUUAAUCGCGAAUCUUUUUUGAAUCCUCUGUACACUCCA